CCCCGGAGUUAGCUCGCAAGGGCCCCGGGCUCCGUGUCGCCGGGAAACGCGCUUCCGUACAAGCGCAUGGCGGCGCCCCGUUCAGUCUGAGAGGAGACCUGAGGAGGCGCCCGAGCCGCGGUGCGGAAGGUGCUGCCGGGCGCCUGGGCGGGCGGCCUGGCGUGUUCUGACCGGGCGCGCGGCUGCUGGAGGCGGACGUGGCCGCGGGCAGGACGCCGGGGUCAGGAUCGCACGGAGCACCGUGGAUGACAGUGGGGACUCGCAUCUGAACCCCGAGACCUGCGUUGUCCCAAACGUGGAGAGUGGCGGGCGUGGGAAGAGGAAGGAGAUGGCAGUGGUACACCAGUUGUCAUCUGGGUGGUUGCUGGAUCAUCUUUCUUUCCUUACCAAGAUAAACUAUCAGCUUGGCCAGCCUGGCGGGCCUUGGGGCAGUGAGAGCGAGCCCCCUGCCGUCCCCUCGGACUCUCUCCCAGCAGAGUCUCCACGUGCCCUUGCUGACUCCUCCUCCAAGCCGCCGACUGUUGGUGGAGGAAGUUGUCAAACGUUCACACAAAAAUACACUUUCCGAGCUGAACUGUUUAAUAUCACCAAGCCUUAUAUAACUCCGGCUGCUCACCAGGAGUACCAGCAAAGGGAUGGGAAGCAUGAUCUGGAAGAAGACAAAAAGGAAAACUCCGUUUCUGUUAUUGGAAAGAAGCGCAAAAGAUGUUUUUUCAAUCAAGGUGAAUUGGAUGCUAUGGAAUACCAUACAAAGAUCAGGGAGCUGAUUUUGGAUGGAUCUUUGCAAUUAAUUCAAGAGGGGCUCAAAAGUGGUUUUCUUAAUCCACGUUCUGAAAAGCAGGACGGGCGUGGGGAGCCUGUCACGUUACCGGCUGAUACCUGCAGCUUGUCAGGGUUAUGCACCAUGGCCAAGCAUUUGCCUUCGCUCAAUGAGACUGAACUUCAGACGUUACACUUGAUGGAGGAUGACUUGUCUGUUACAGAGAAGGAUUUAUUUUCACGGCUUGUUGAAAACAGCUCUAGAUUUACAAAAAUGAUUACUUUGAUGGGACAGAAAUACUUGCUGCCGCCAAAAAGCAGUUUUCUUUUGUCUGACAUUUCUUAUAUGCAACCACUUCUAAAUAGUAGGAAAACAUUUGAUGUGAUUGUUAUAGAUCCACCAUGGAAAAACAAAUCAGUUAAAAGAAGUCACAGAUACAGUUAUUUGUCACCAUCGGAAAUAAAGCAGAUCCCUGUCCCUGAGCUGGCUGCCCCAAACUGCCUUGUUGUUACUUGGGUGACCAACAGGCAGAAGCACCUGCGGUUUGUAAAGGAAGAGCUGUAUCCCUCUUGGUCUGUGGGGAUGGCUGUGGAAUGGCACUGGGUGAAAAUCACCAGUUCAGGAGAGUUUGUGUUCCCAUUAGAUUCUCCACACAAAAAACCUUAUGAAGUUCUGUUACUGGGGAGAACGCAAGGAAAAACUGCUUCAUCAUUAAGGAACGCAGAUGGGGGACUGCCCCCCAUCCCACAUCACAGAGUCAUUGUCAGCGUGCCCUGUGUCCUUCACUCGCACAAGCCGCCGCUGGCUGAGGUCCUGAAAGACUACAUCAAGCCAGAUGCGCAGUGUUUGGAGUUGUUUGCUCGAAAUUUACAGCCAGGUUGGACCAGUUGGGGCAAUGAAGUUCUGAAAUUUCAGCACGUGGAUUAUUUUAUUGCCCUGCCACCUGGGUGCUGACUGUGAUCUUCGCUAAAGUAAUGACUGGCUGUUUCCUCACCCUCUGCUUUCAAUGUCAUCAACUUUUCCUUUUAAUACCAAUCGGUAUGUUAAUAUAUAUAUAACAGGAGUUGUUUUCAGCACAGUGAAGGUAACUUUUGAUCGCAUUAAUAUUCUGUGUUUGUCUUUAUAAAGAGGGUGAGACUGUUGUUGAGUAGGUUCAGAAAGUGUCUGCUGUGCAUCAGAGAAAUCACAGUGCCGUCCAAGGAUUUAGCCCAUACAGUGUUAUUAAAAAAACAAAUAAAUAAAAGUUGAACCUUAACUUGUAAAAAGUCAGAACAUUUUACACAGUAGUUCAGAUUCGUGCUUCUUACACACUGGAAACUGGUUACACUGAGGUCAGUGUUUCUCCCUGGCACCUGCAGGGCCUGGCAGUAACGGGCACUUGCGAAGGACCACUCACUAUCCAGUUUUGCACAGAAUGACUGCUUCCGUUCUGCUCACAUGGAGUCUGUACGUGACCCUGUAUGACCCGGACUUGUCCCUCUGGUGUACUGUUAUGUUCUGGAAAAGCGUAGUGACCUUGCAAUUACUACAUAGGUAUGUUAUGUUUAUCUAGCAGUUUUAUAGGGUUUUCAGAUAGUAUGCAAGAUAAUUUUUCAGAUUCCAAAAAUUUUACUGAUUUUCUGGAAGGAAAAUAAAAGCAUGUUUCUUACAAAAAUAUCAGAAUGUAAACAGUACUUAUUGUGAAGAGUAUUUUUAUUAUGUACACAUUUUUCUAAAAAUAAAUACUAAAC